AAGGUUUUCGGGUACUCACGCAUCCUACUGUGCUACAGUGCUAAUGGCGAAAGAAUGCGAAAUAAUAAGGAGCUGCAGAGAUGAGUUCAGAUGCUGAGAUGAGUGUUUUUGGGGAGGCGGCCCCGUACCUGAGGAGACCAGAGCGGGAACGACUUGAAGCCCAAAACAAGCCAUUUGAUGCCAAAACUGCAGUGUUUGUGGUGGAUCCAAAGGAGCUCUUUGUAAAAGGCACUUUGCAGGGCAAAGAUAAAGAAGGAAGAGCAACUGUUAAAAAGCAUUCCGGGCAGGUGGUGACGGUGAAGGAUGACGAAGUCUUCCCAAUGAAUCCACCAAAGUUCGACAAGAUCGAGGACAUGGCCAUGAUGACUCACCUGAAUGAAGCGGCUGUGCUGUACAACCUCAAAGAGCGCUAUGCAGCAUGGAUGAUUUACACCUACUCUGGCCUCUUCUGUGUGACUGUCAACCCGUACAAGUGGCUUCCGGUUUACAACCAGGAGGUGGUGGUGGCCUACAGAGGGAAGAAGCGCCAGGAGGCCCCACCACACAUCUUCUCCAUCUCGGACAACGCCUAUCAGUUCAUGCUCACUGAUCGAGAGAACCAGUCCAUCCUGAUCACUGGAGAAUCUGGAGCAGGAAAGACUGUCAACACCAAACGUGUCAUCCAGUACUUUGCGACAAUCGCUGGCACUGGAGACAGAAAGAAAGAGGCUGCUUCAUCAGGCAAGCUGCAGGGAAAUCUGGAAGACCAGAUCAUCUCUGCUAACCCGCUGCUCGAAGCAUUUGGGAAUGCCAAGACUGUCAGGAACGACAACUCUUCACGCUUUGGAAAAUUUAUCAGAAUCCACUUUGGGACUUCAGGAAAACUGGCGUCGGCAGACAUUGAAACUUAUCUUUUGGAAAAAUCCAGAGUGACAUUUCAACUGUCUGCAGAGAGAAGUUACCACAUUUUCUAUCAGAUCAUGUCCAACAAGAAGCCAGAGCUCAUCAAGACGCUUCUCAUCACUACCAACCCCUAUGACUAUCCAUUUGUUAGCCAGGGGGAGAUCAGCGUGGCCAGCAUCGAUGACAGCGAUGAACUACUGGCUACGGAUAGUGCCAUCCAAACCCUCGGCUUCAGCGGGGAUGAGCGAGUUGGCAUUUACAAGCUGACUGGUGCAGUGAUGCAUUAUGGUAAUAUGAAGUUUAAACAAAAGCAGCGUGAAGAGCAGGCGGAGCCAGAUGGCACGGAAGUGGCUGACAAAGCAGCUUACCUGAUGGGCCUGAACUCCGCGGACCUGCUGAAGGCCUUGUGCUAUCCUCGAGUGAAGGUUGGAAAUGAGUAUGUGACCAAAGGACAAACUGUCCAACAGGUGUACAACUCCAUUGGAGCUUUGGCCAAGUCUGUGUACGAAAAGAUGUUUUUGUGGAUGGUCCUGCGCAUUAAUCAGAUGCUGGACACAAAGCAACCUCGGCAGUUCUUCAUCGGAGUGCUAGACAUUGCCGGCUUUGAGAUCUUCGACUACAAUAGUCUGGAGCAGCUGUGCAUCAACUUCACCAAUGAAAAACUGCAACAGUUUUUCAACCAUCACAUGUUUGUGCUGGAGCAGGAAGAGUAUAAAAAGGAAGGGAUCGAGUGGAAGUUCAUUGACUUUGGGAUGGACCUUGCUGCCUGCAUUGAGCUUAUCGAGAAGCCAAUGGGUAUUUUUUCCAUCUUGGAAGAAGAAUGCAUGUUCCCGAAGGCGUCAGACACCACCUUCAAAAACAAGCUGUAUGACCAGCAUCUGGGGAAGUCCAACAACUUUCAGAAGCCCAAACCUGUUAAAGGCAAGGCAGAGGCUCAUUUCUCCCUGAUACAUUACGCCGGCACCGUGGACUACAGCAUCACAGGGUGGCUGGAUAAAAACAAGGAUCCGCUGAAUGAAACCGUGGUCCAGUUGUACCAGAAAGCUGGGCUCAAACUCCUGGCUUUCCUCUACUGCAGCUAUUCUUCUACUGAGGGGGAUACGAAGAAAACUGCUAAAAAGAAGGGCUCAUCCUUCCAGACUGUCUCUGCACUGUUCAGGGAGAACCUCGGAAAGUUGAUGACAAACCUCAGGAGCACACAUCCACACUUUGUCAGGUGUCUUAUUCCAAAUGAAACAAAAACUCCAGGGAUUAUGGAGCACCAUUUGGUGAUCCAUCAGCUCAGAUGUAAUGGUGUUCUGGAAGGAAUCAGGAUCUGCAGGAAAGGCUUCCCGAGCAGGAUACUGUAUGGAGAUUUCAAGCAAAGGUACAAAGUACUGAAUGCAAGCGUGAUUCCUGACGGACAGUUCAUUGACAAUAAGAAAGCUGCAGAGAAGCUCUUGGGAUCCAUCGAUGUGGACCACACGCAGUACAAGUUUGGCCACACUAAGGUGUUCUUCAAAGCAGGUCUUCUGGGCCUCCUGGAAGAGAUGAGGGAUGAAAGAUUGGCGUCUCUCAUCACCAUCACGCAAGCCUUGGCCCGUGGCUUCCUCAAGAGAAAAGAGAUUCAAAAAAUGACCCUACGGAGGGAAUCCAUUUAUAUCAUCCAAUACAACAUUCGCUCCUUCAUGAAUGUCAAACACUGGCCGUGGAUGAAGCUGUACUUCAAGAUCAAGCCACUGCUGCGGAGCGCUGAGAUGGAGAAGGAGAUGGCUAUGAUGAAAGAGGACUUUGCCAAGUGUAAGGAGGAUUUAGCCAAAGCUGAGGCAAAGAAAAAGGAGCUGGAAACCAAAAUGGUUUGCUUGAUUCAGGAGAAAAAUGAUUUAAGCCUCCAGAUUCAAACUGAAAGUGAGAGUCUGGCCGAUGCGGAAGAAAGAUGCGAGGGACUUAUUAAAAGCAAAAUAUUAUUGGAGGCAAAAGCCAAAGAGCUCAGCGAGAGACUGGAAGAUGAGGAGGAAGUCAACGCUGAACUGACCGCCAGGAAGCGGAAACUGGAGGACGAAUGCUCUGAGCUAAAGAAGGAUAUUGAUGACUUGGAGCUAACGCUGGCUAAAGUUGAGAAGGAAAAACAUGCUUCUGAAAACAAGGUGAAGAAUCUCACGGAGGAAAUGUGCACCCUUGACGACACCAUAGCCAAGUUAUCGAAGGAGAAGCUGGCCUUGCAAGAAUCGCACCAGCACACACUGGAGGACCUUCAAGCCGAGGAAGACAAAGUCAACUCUCUGACCAAAGCCAAGACCAAGCUGGAGCAACAAGUCGACUAUUUGGAGGGCUGUUUGGAACAAGAGAAGAAGAUUCGCAUGGAUGUUGAGAGAGGCAAGAGGAAGCUUGAAGGAGAUCUCAAGCUAUGCCAAGAAUCCAUAAUGGAUUUGGAGAAUGAGAAACAGCAGUUGGAAGAACGACUUAAAAAAAAUGGCUUUGAACUGAACCAACUUACUUCUAAAAUCGAGGAUGAGCAAAGUAUUACAGUUCAAACUCAAAAGAAGAUCAAGGAGCUUCAGACCCGCAUCGAGGAGCUGGAAGAGGAAGUUGACGCCGAGCGUGCCGCCAGAUGCAAAGUGGAGAAGCAGAGGUCUGACCUUACCAGGGAACUUGAUGAGAUCAGUGAGCGGCUGGAAGAAGCUGGAGGUGCUCAAACACUGCACAUUGAGAUGAACAAGAAGAGGGAGGCUGAGUUCCACAAACUCAAGAGAGACCUUGAAGAAGCCAAUCUCUUUCAUGAGGCAACGGCUGCUGCCCUGAGGAAGAAGCAUGCAGACAGCGUGGCUGAGCUGGGAGAGCAGAUUGAUAAUCUGCAAAGAGUCAAGCAGCACCUGGAGAAGGAGAAGGCUGAAUGCAAGAUGGAGAUCGACGACUUGUCCAGCAACAUAGAAGCUGUCGUGAAGACAAAGAUCAACUACGAAAAGAUGUGCCACUCUCUGGAGGACCAGCUGAGUGACUACAAAGCAAAACACGACGAGAAUACUCGUUUGAUCUCUGAAAUCAACACUCAAAGGGCCAGACUUCAGAGUGAGAACGGUGAGUUCUGCCGUGUUGUGGAGGAGAAGGAGAUGAUGCUCAACCAAAUGUCCAGGGCUAAACUUGCUUCCUCGCAACAAAUUGAGGAACUGAAGAGGCAGCUUGAAGAGGAAACCAAGGCUAAGAAUGCCAUCGCCCAUGCUCUUCAGUCCGCCCGUCAUGACUGCGACCUGCUGAGAGAGCAGUAUGAGGAAGAGCAGGAGGCUAAGGCCGACCUCCAGAGGGGAUUAACCAAGGGCAAUGCUGAGGUGGCCCAGUGGAGAACCAAAUACGAGACCGAUGCCAUCCAGCGCAAUGAUGAGCUGGAGGAGUCAAAAAAAAAACUCGCACAACGUCUGCAAGAGGCGGAGGAGGCCAUCGAAGCUGUGAGUGCCAAGUGCUCGUCUCUGGAGAAGACAAAGCAGAGACUCCAAGGAGAAGUGGAGGACCUCAUGUCUGACUUGGACAGAGCAAAUGCGCAAGCUGCCAGUCUGGACAAGAAGCAGAAAUGCUUUGAUAAGAUUCUGUCCGAGUGGAAGCAGAAGUAUGAAGAGAGUCAAGCUGAACUUGAUGGCUCACAAAGGGAGAGUCGCUCGCUCAGCACUGAGCUGUUCAAAAUAAAGAAUUCCUAUGAAGAAGCCGUGGAGCACCUGGAGGUCCUCAAACGAGAGAACUCCAACCUGCAACAGGAAAUUGCGGACUUGACGGAACAACUUGGAGAGAAAGGCAAAGCCUUGAAUGAGCUGGAAAAGAUGAAGAAACAAACUGAGACGGAGAAGACGACCUAUCAAACAGCCCUGGAGGAGGCUGAGGCUUCACUUGAACACGAAGAAUCCAAAAUCCUCCGCGUCCAGCUUGAGCUCACCCAGGUGAAGGGUGAGGUGGAUCGCAGGCUGGCUGAUAAGGACGAGGAGAUUGACCAGAUGAAGCGCAACCAUCAGCGCGCAGUGGAGACGAUGCAAGCAGCACUGGAUGCAGAAACACGUGGCAGGAAUGACGCCAUGAGGAUUAAGAAAAAGAUGGAGAACGACUUGAAUGAAAUGGAAAUCCAACUCAGCCACAGUAACCGCCAGGCAGCUGAAGCCCAGAAACAGCUGAGGAGCAUUCAAGCCCACCUUAAAGAGCAGACUGUACUGCUGGAUGAGGCGCUACGUAGCCAGGAGGAGCUGAAGGAGCAGGUGGCUGUGAUGGAGCGCCGCAGCACCCUGCAGCAGGCCGAGAUGGAGGAGCUCCGAGCUGCUCUGGAGCAGUCGGACAGGAGCCGGAAACUGGCUGAGCAGGAGCUGACUGAUACCUGUGAAAGAGUGGGAUUCCUUCAUUCACAGAACACCAGCCUUUUGAAUGUCAAGAAAAAGCUGGAUGCAGAUGUUAGCCAGCUGCAGGCUGAAGUUGAGGAGCUCACCCAAGAGUCUCGCAACGCCGAGGAGAAAACCAAAAAGGCGCUCACUGAUGCAUCCAUGAUGGCAGAGGAGCUGAAGAAGGAGCAAGACACAAGCAGCCACCUGGAGAGAAUGAAGAAGAACUUGGAGGCAUCUGUGAAGGACCUACAACUCCGUCUGGAUGAGGCAGAGAGUCUGGCUUUGAAAGGAGGCAAAAAGCAGCUGCAGAAGAUGGAGGCUCGGGUGCGUGAUCUGGAAGCUGAAGUGGAAGUGGAGCAGAGGCGAGCUGCGGAUGCCACCAAAGGGAUCCGUAAGUAUGAAAGGAGAAUCAAGGAGCUCACUUUCCAGACGGAGGAAGACAAGAAGACGGUGGUGAGGCUGCAGGACCUUGUGGACAAACUCCAACUUAAAGUCAAAACCUACAAGCGACAGAGUGAAGAAGUGGAAGAGCAGGCUAAUGGGUACCUUGCCAAAUUAAGAAAGAUGCAGCACGAGCUGGAUGAGGCUCAGGAGCGGGCAGACAAUGCAGAAACGCACAUCAACAAGAUGAGAACUAAGAGAAGAGAAUUCUGAAAGUUCUGACCUUCGCAGCUUGAAAUCGAGGAGCCAGAGUGUGACAACCGUUCUCAAACAUUUCAUCUCAAAAGUCAACCGAGCCCACUAUUUUGCUGUGUUAUUGUAGCCAAAUAAAGUUGUGUGCCGCAUCAGCCCC